AUGCUAUUUUACAUUGCUCCGAAUAUGGCGCCCAGACUUUCGAAACUCCGUCGAAACGAGCUUCAAAGCAUUAUAUUGAGUAAACUUAAUGGUGACGAGACAAUCAAGGACCAAGAGAUAGCUAGAACCGUGAUCAACUGCGACGAGAGAUCCGUGCGUAGAGCCCGCUCCAACAUUAUCCGACAUGCAACGAUCGAUGCCCCAUCCAAACCCGUCGGCCGACCGAGGGAGAUUACAGAGAACAUGAUGCUGGCAUUGCAAGCAAAGCUGCUAGACCGUGCUAGCAUGAGUCACCAAGCGCUGGCAGACUAUCUUUUCCAGGAAUAUGGUGUUCGUGUCUCCAGAUUCACUGUCGGCCGGCUGAUCAAGCGGAUGAAAUGGUCGAGAAAAAAGAUGGCCAUUUUCGCCAAGGAACAGAAUCCAAUACUCCGUGACGAUUACAUAUAUAGGCGAUCCCUAUUCGAACCAACAUGCAUGGUAUUUCUAGAUGAGAGCGGAGACGAUCGUAGUGUCGCGAUUCCGAAAAAAGGUUAUGCUCCUAUUGGCGUAACCCCGGUUCAGAAAAAGCCAUUCCAUCGCGGCAACAGGGUUUCCUUUCUGCCGGCCUAUAGCUUGGAUGGCGUUUUGUAUUGCGAAGUAUAUGAUGGCCAUACGGAUUUGGAUUUCUUCGAAGGGUAUCUCCUCAGGCUGCUGCCAUACCUAGGGAGGUACCCCGGACCGCGAUCGGUGAUCUUCAUGGAUAAUGCCUCAUUCCACAAUGUUUCACUCGAGGUCCAAGCCACCCUCGCCGAAGCGGGUGUUCUGCUGGUUACGCAACCGCCUUACUCACCCGAUUUAAACCCGAUAGAGUAUUUCUUUGGUUCACUUAAGCAGCACAUUGCCGCCCGAGCUUUGGAGCACGAGGAUCUCAUCAAAGCCGACUUCAAGUCGUAUCUGCGCAUGCAAAUAAAUAUAUUGGGUCGAGGUAAGAUCGGGAAGAGAUGGGCGCGAGGUCACUUCAGAAAGGCUCAAAUUUACGAUUGA